AUGUCCACAGAGAUGUCGGAUGAUGAACCAAAUGUAAGUUCAAUUUUUAUGUAUAUUUUUGAAGUUUUAGAUACCUUCAUCUAACCUUCAUCUAGUAUGAUAUAAAAAAUUGCGAUGAUCUCAUUUUUCUUAUAGUUUAUGGAGGGGAAUAUGACAUCUAGAGAGUUCAUGAUUACAUUUCAUCCGUUUUCAGGAACCUUAUUCCGGUAAAAGGUGCAAAAUUGUCCAUCAGAUCCUUCAGAUGCCGUUGGUGAAGAGCAAAGCGAGCAGCGGCUUUAAAAACUAUUGCAAGAGGAUAAAUGAGGGCCAAAUCAAACUUCCAGUCGAGUAAGCAUUUUUUAUUAAUAAAACAAACAAGUUUUUUUUAUUUUUUGUGUAAUAAUUUUAUAUUAUACAUGACAAUUUUGCUAAAAAAUGAAGAUAAUUGAUGAUUUAAACGUUUUAACAGUUGCUUUACCCUUGGAAUAUUAAUUUUCCAACUAUUUCAGAGCUAAAUGCAAGUCGAACAGUGACAAAGAGCUUCGUAAAUUGGAAGUUUUAUCAGUUCUGAGGUCUAAAGUAAGUUAAUUUUGAGAUUUUUUUUUAAUUUUAAGGUGUGAGACUGCAGAAUGUGAUGUUAGUAAGCUCUGUUAUAACCAAUUUGAAUUUAUGGGAUGUUUUAUAGCACGAAUUUACACCUAUUUUCAGUGGAAUUCGAUGCCUUUUACCAGCCGGGUCAAGUUCGAAUCCGAAGAAUCCCCGGAAAUCACGGAUUUUCCCCUUGUUUUUGACUGCAAGCCUGUGGAUAGCAGCUAUAUACCCUGUAUUCUCUGCACUCAUAAUGAUCUAAGGUUUACAAAUUCCGAUACUUUGAUGGUACGUUAAAAUUUCUCUUUAUUUUAUCUGAAUUUAGGUACAUUUGAAUGAAAAGCACGUCCCAGAAGCCCUCUAUGUUUGUUACUGUUGCUAUAGGGGCUUCUUCGACCAUGGGUCGUACAGAGAACACACCAAGGUGCAUGAUGGAUUCAAGCUUCAGAACAAAAAUUCAGUCUUGCUGAUUAUUUGUAGUGGUUGCGGAGCAGAAUUUGCGGCAAAACCAGAUGAAGAUAGGCGAUUUGGAGAGGAAUAUGUAAAGUUUAUGGUGAGAUGUUUGAUUUGGAAUAUGUUUUGAGCAGAAUUGAAACUAUUUUGCCGGGUUGUGAUUAUAAAUUAUAUUAUUUUAGCUCCAUCAUUCCCGAGCUAAUCUGAGGUUGAUAAAAAUCCAUUACAAUGACAAGAUAACCCCAUCUGUGUCAACGUUCUGGCCCAGUAAUGAGAUUGGCAGAAUCAAAACCAAAGUGAAAUCGCAAGUUUAAUAUUAAAUUUUUGAUUAUAUUACUUUAGGUUCAAGGUUGAUGGCCAAGCCGAAAUUUUAAUUGAAGAUAAUUUGAAGAGAAUGAGCCUGCUGAGAGCUUUAGAUGUUCCAAACAAGAAUCCGAAGAAAGCUUUUCAGAAAGGGCUAAAAGUUUUAAAUGGAGAAGAUAGCAAGGCAAGUGCAAUAUAAAAUUUUGUUUGGAUUUGUUAAUUUUUUGUCUUAAUACGAGCUAAGAGGUUUAGAGAUUAUAUUUUAAUAACUUGGCUAAAUUUUUUUAGCUGAACGGAACUUAUGACGAAAAACAGAUCUUCUCCAUGGAUAAUAUCGAUCUUUUGAAGGAAUACUCGGUCAAAUUAAAGUCCCAUAAUGUGGAAAGGAAUGGGCAGCUCCAUGAUACUGUUAGCUUUGAGAUCUCAUCGAAUAACGGGUAUUUUUCUCAUGGUUUGGAGCUAGAUGGACUUAAUUUGACUCAAGAGUAAGUGCAAUACACUUUUUUUAAAUGCUGUCAUAAAAAUUGUUUUAAAUGGAGUAUAGUGAUAUACAUGGUCUAUAUUUGCAGUUUAUACCAAUGCCGGCGCUGUUGUUACCUCGAUUUUGAGGAGAAAUCUUUUGCCCAACAUCAAGAAGAGUGCAUGCCGAAGGUGAAAAGACACUCCUCCUUCUUCAAAAUCCACUCAAAAUAUCAGAAUUCGAAUUCGCCGAUACCUUGUUUCAAAUGCAAAACCAAACACUGCUCGGUUCAAGGGCUGGCCACACAUUUCGCCGUCAAACAUCAGGUCCAAAUCACGGUCAAACCCCAUAGCUGUAAGUGAAAAUACUCGAAAAAUUGGCUCGUUUUUGUAGAUUCAGUCGACGCGACAUACAAAAUUCAGAUGGAUCGGGUGAAAAGGACGGUUUUUGAUCAAGAAUUAGAUGUGAUGAUCAGCGAAAGUAAGUGUAAUAUAAAUUUUGAAUCUUUUCCUCGAGAUUUUUGGAUAAACUAAUGUCCAAUCACAUUUUUAGUCUUGAUGAGCAAAGAAAACGACACCCCGGUGCGAACGCCGGCGCCAGUGACCUCCUCCAGCCCCACCAAUAGGCUCUUCCGAACCCCGUUCAUCUUCCGAAAACGGCGACUCAACCGAUUGCCCCAGGUCCCCAUGAUUGUUAUAUCGCCGGAGACCACGAGUGAGGCCGGAACCAAGACCAGAAGACGCACGCAGAAGUCGAAUUUGUCCCCGAAUCCUCCCGAUUCGUCAAGAACCCCGAGUACCGGAGGUUCGGAGAAGAAGAAACUCCUGAAAAAGGUGGCCGAACCGACGCCAAAGAAGAAGAAAGACACCGAGGAACAGGAUGAACUGGAAAUACAAAUGGACCAGAUCAUCGAGAAAAUCAUGGCCGAACACAAGGAGAAAACAGAGGAUGCCAAUAACAAGCUGAUGGAGAUGGUGGAAAUCGAGAAACGGAAGAUCUUGGAGGCGGAAAAGAGGAAGGAAUGCGAGAUUGAGAUAUUGGAAAUGGUAGGUGGAGGAUGUUGGAAGGGAAUUGGAGAGAUUUUAGAGGUGGGAAAAGAGAAAUGGACGAUUUUUAGAUGGAAACGGAAAAAAAUUCGAAAUUUUUUGCAGGUACAGUGGGGGACCUGAUCCAGUGGCAAAAAACGUACCAUUUUGCAUCCGGGAAGCAUCAAAAAUGUAUCAAAAUACCUCCCUCUCCAAGUGAAAAAAAACUCCGACCUUCAAAACGAAGUUUUUUCACUUGGAUAGGGAAGCAUUUUGCCAUAUUUUUGAUACUUCCCGGAUGCGAAAUGGUACUGUAUGCCACUAGAUCAGGUCUGUCACUGUAUUUACAAAUGAUCUUGUUUUUGUAAAUACAAAUUUGGACCGAAAUUUUGCUGUUGAAGAGGAAAACCGAGGGUUCGAACAAAUUUUUGAUGGUUACAAUGUCGGACCUGAUCCAGUGGCAAAACACGUACCAUUUUGCAUCCGGGAAGUUUCAAAAAAUGUAGCAAAAUGCCUCAAUCGCUCAAAAAAAAAAACUCCGUUUUGAAGAGCGCCCUUUCCCUCGCAAAAGGAGUGUUUGAAAUCGGAGUUUUUUCGCUUGGAGAGGGAAGCAUUUUGCCACAUUUUUGAUACUUCCCGGAUGCAUAAAGAGGUACGUUUUUACCUCUAGAUCAGGUCUGUCACUGUAUUUACAAAAUAUUUUGUAAAUUACUGUAUACGCCCUAAACUUGUAAGAAUUUGCUAUCAAAAAAAAGAAGAGCUCUUACUCUGACUAUUUCAGCCCAAAACUCCAACUCCAACCCAAGAAGAUGAGGACCUUGAGGCGUCGGAAAUCAUCGAAUGCACUGCCGUCGGCCCUCCCCCCGAUGCCUAUGAUUGUUUGAUGUGUGGCUCAGAGCAGAAGGGACAUAUCUCCUUCAUCUCCCACAUGGUCUCGCAUCCAGAGGUCUUCAAUUGUUGCCCGAUUUGCUCGUCGAAUAAUAUCCCGACCAGCAUGGACAACGUCCUCCAAUUCUUUGACCAUCUGAUCUCAAAUCAUCUGAUUCAAUCCCCGAAUGGCAUAAAAUGCCCGACCUGUGAGCAGAUCUGUGGAAAGGACGUGAGGGAUCGGAGAAGCAUUCGAGUCGCCAUAUCUCAUGUGCUCUAUGAAUGCACAAGACCGAAGCAGUGCAUGCUGUGUGCAUGCACGACGGUCGGAGCGAAGAGAAUGGUCGAAACACACAAAAUGCAUCGUACAAAGGAGCAUAAGAAGGUUUAUAAUAGGUAGGGAGAGAUGAGUAAAAAAUUUUGAGUAGGUGUCUAGUGUAAUAUCGGGAGACCUAGAACAAAGGUGCAAAUGGGCAUAAAAGGUAAUAAAAAUGAAAAAAGAAAGGCUUUGGAGGCAAAAUACGACAACUUCUUGAUCAAAAUUUCCCAAAACAAGAUUCUGUAAGAAGAGAAACACUUGACCCAUUUUUUACAUUUUGAGUAAAGUCUUCCUCUCUUGCUCAAAAUCGAUGCAAUCGAUCGCAAAUUGACGAUGACAUCUUUCUGUCAUAAUUUGAUGUCGCGGCAUGUUUUUGUAGACUGUUUGUGGACAAGAUUUUUUUUUUUAUCUUGAUCAUGGAUAACAUUGUCAAUUUGUCGAAGGUGCCUUCAAAGAAACGCAAUUUUUUGUUGCCGGUUUUUACGCAACGGCUGUUUUUUGUCUGUUGAAGGUUAGCGUCGUUGCAAUUUGGCAUUAUGUGCAUCUUUUUUGAGCUCUACCACUGAUAUUACACUAGACGUCGAGUUGAUGAUUUAAUAUUUUUUGGACGUGAUGCUUGCUGUAAUGCCUUGAAUGUAAUCCUGAUGUGUUUCAGAUUCUAUUGCAGUCGAUGUAUGCUGGGAAUGCACAACAUUGACCAGUACAAGGUCCACAAGUGCAGUUCGGUUGCUUUUCGUUGUGCCUGCGAUCCCUGGGUGGAGUUCAAAGAUCAGCCGGCCGCCUCUUAUCACAUGGCCAAGGCGACGGACUCGCGGAAACACAAUCUUCUCCCCACCAUGGCCCAAUCGGACCUCCGAGUGAUCGUUCACAACAAACCCCCCGCGGAUUCGAAGAGACCCAGCAGAAAUGAGGUCUGGGACUUCCUCAAAAAGUACGACUUCCUCCGAAAACCCAACAAACAGAACGCACAGGACCAGAAGAACUCGGAACAGAUCAGUCCCACCAUCACUGUAAAAGAACAAACCGAAGAUUCGGAGGAAAUUAUUUUGGAAAAAGAGCAAAAGCCCGAAGAAAACCCCCAAAAAGUGGUGGAUAAGAUCCCGGAGAAGAAGAAGGAUACCACAGAGAAGAUAAAGGAGAUCAAGAAGAAGGUCAGGGAGCCAUCUCCACCCAUUGAAACCACCAGCGACGAAAAUAAGAGCCAAGAAAAAAGGGAGUCCGCUUCGCAAGAAAGAAAAGCCCCGAAAAGAAGAAGAACCCAGCCGAAAACAGUAGAAUCAGAUGAGCCGGACCUACGAAAACGACGCUACACUCAUCAGCAAUUGGAACAAGUCAUGCUGUUCAAUCAGAGAUCCCGAAACAUGUGCAAAUUACAUGUGAAAGAGAAGGCGCAGGAGCUGGGCGUGGAAGAUGAGGGUGUCAUUGAUGUGAUGGAGGAUAUUGUGGCCUCGGUCUGCGACAAAUUCACCGCUGGCGCGUCGAGUAAGCCCCGAUUUUUUGAGUGGUUUAUAUUAUUUUAGGUAGUACUAUCAGAAUUUUUAUUUUUUUCGGGGAUUAUUGGUAGAAGAUUGGUGUAAAAUGAUGUCGAAAAAAGAAUAGAGAGCUUAUUGAAUAAUUUUGCAGGUCUACCAUGGCAUGGAAAACGGCUGGGACAACUGAAAACACAAGCAAAGAGGAAAUUGACCCCUCUGGACAUGAAUUCACUUUUUAAAGAGCCGCUGCCGGUCGCUACACCGCCCUCGGGCAAGAAAUACAAGUGUAUCUACAACGACAGACCCGACUGCAACGAAAUCCGCGACAAUUUCGCGGAGAUGCGCGAGCAUUUCCAACGAGAACAUGGCCUUUAUGCAAGGGUAGGGUGUGUAAAGUAUAACCCCGAUUUUUAGCAUCCCACCCCGCUUGAUACGGACGUCUGGCUGUGCCCCAUGUGUAUGUCCAUCUUCACGCACGAAGCGGACCUCGAGGUUCAUCUGAAGAGCCACAAUCACAAUUUCCGAUGGUGCAUUUAUUGCACGUUGAUGUGCAAGUCCGAAGAUGAGUAUGAGUUGCAUAGUCUUGCCCAUAAAUCGAAGAAGGUGGCACUAAUUUGCACUGAACACAUGAAUGCGUUUGAUAAUGUGAGUUUCGGGGGUGGUUUUGGAUGGUUUUGAGGGAAAUCAGGUUUUCGUGCCGGGACCAAAUUCGAUGCUGGAUAAGAUUGGAAAUUUGUUUGAAUCUCGGCUUCUGAAGAUUUUGUGAAGGAUAAAAUGUUGAAUUUUCAGCCAUUCAACUACUUUGUGCACCUGGAAACACAUGGGCAACGAGUCCUCAAGUUCUGCAAAAUGUGCGGCUUUGCCAACAGCUCGGUGAGAGAGGUGAUGAGGCACAUUGACAAGUGCACCCAGACCCGAUUCCAACUGGGCGAACAAUUGACCCGAGCGCGAAUGGCAUUGGGCUACUGUAUCGCCAGCUCGGCCUUCAUCCGUCGACCUUUGAGAACGGAGUUCCUCCAGAAAGUAAUGUCAGAAAAGGUGAAAUUUGCGAAGAUGAUGAAGUGCGACCAUUCAUUUGCCCUGUUCGCUCAAGGCGGACCAGUUCUAACUUGCAUUCAUUGCAGUUGCCCUGUAAGUGGUAAUUUUUUCACAAAAAUUUGGGGGUUUUGAAGAAUUUGCGGGCUUUUAAGGAUGAAUAAGGUCGGAAAUAGGAUGAUUUGACGAGAAUAGAGUGUGGGAGACUGACUUUUCAGUUUUGUGUUCUAAAAAUAGUAAUAUCGGAGAUUUUUUUUGUAAAAUUUGUAAUGUAAUAUAUUUUUAGAUUUCGGAUCUUGAAUGGUGCAAGCGGUACACAGCCGAGGCCUUGGAGCUGAGUAAAUCUCGAAUUGUAAGUUUAACUUUCCAGAAUUUAGAAUUUUAUGCCUAUAAUUGCUGAAAAAUUAGUUAUCUUUUUUUCAGAAGACGGUCCUCAAUGUAAACCAACAAACUGGGAAUCCGGACGAAUUGGGGAACGAUAUAAGAGUAAUUCCUCGAGACCCGGGCGAAAUCAAGACAGGAUUCCUGAUUCAGCAAUGCCCCCUCAGCCUGGACAACACGGUACUCCCAUCGACAUCCGGAACUCAACGAAAUGUAAGGUGCACAACGGAUUCGGAAGCGAUCUGGCAAAGAAGAUGCAAGGAAGAGCCUCAAGAAUCAGUCAUAACUCUUGAGGAUGACGAUGAACUCAUGGUUAUAGCGGAGACCCCAAAAAGAGCGCCAAAACGAUCGUCGAGUGUGAAGUUGGUGGCACCUCAAAAAGCGGGCACUUCGAAAAGGGAUGUGAUCAUGAAUUCGAUGAAUAAAAUGAGUGUGAAACCAGUGUACAGACAGCCGGAGAGGCAGAAUGUGAAGUUGAUUCCAGUACAAGUAAGUUGAGUUUGAAAUUUGAGACUUUUUGCACUGUGCGAAAAAUUUGGGAUUUUUGCACUGUGCGGAGAAAUUAAAAAAUUCUGCACUGUGCAGGAAAAAAUAGAGGGUGGCAUAAAAAUUUUUGUAGGAGUUCCUAGUAAACUGAGAGGUGUUUAGAAAGCAGUUAUGCAAUUUAUAGCCUACGGGCAAAUCAGAUAAUGCAUGACUAGAAGUUUGCACAGUGCAGAUUUUCGAAUGCCCAUAAUGCCCAGUAUUAUGAGCGGGACAACCGAAACUAUAUAUUUCCUACUGCUUACUAACACUCUAAAUAUUCCGAAUUUCAGUUCCAACCCGGUCGCAUGUACCCGCUCCCCCACAAUCAUCCCCAAUUCCAUGUGCGCACGGUGCCGCGCUCCCAGGUCGUCGUAAAUCCGGCCUCGUAUGCGCCGUAUGCCGCCAAUCCCCGCGCCCAUCCCAUCCAACUCCAACCCAAUAGUCCGGUCAUUUAUCGCACCAAUCAGCAGCAGAAUUGGACGGUGACCCAUCGGCCCGGCAACAUUCCCGCCUCCACCCCUUCCACCUCGAGACAAAGCCAAUCCCCGUGGAGACAGAUGUAA